GCACUAGAAGGAUCGCGACCGCCAAAGCCGUAGUACGACACGACGCUCCCACCACACCCACGCCCGCGCGCGGAGGACGAACGAGGCUUCGGCUCCGGCUCGAGAUGCUCGCGGUGUUCGACAGGGCGGUGGCGCCGAGCCCGGAGGGGCUGCGGCAGCCGGGCGAGGCCGGGCACGGCGCGGACGGGCUCGCUGCCCGGUUCCGGGAGGCCCGCACCGGCGCGGUCACCGUCGACUUCGGCGGCGGUGGCGCCAUGGCCUACUCUUCCCACGGCCAGAGCCCCUUCCUCCCCAGGUUGUUCGGCGUCGUCGACGACAUAUUCUGCCUGUUCCAAGGCGCGAUCGAGAACAUGGCUGUGCUGAAGCAGCAGUACGGGUUGAGCAAGAGUGCCACUGAGAUCAACCUCGUCAUUGAGGCCUACAGAACCCUGAGGGACAGGGGACCUUACCCUGCAGACCAGGUCGUGAGGGACUUCAAUGGCAAAUUCGCGUUUGUGCUGUAUGAUCGCUCCACCAGUUCGGUCUUCAUGGCUGCUGAUGCUGAUGGUGGCGUCCCGUUUUACUGGGGAGUUGAUUCAGAGGGUCAUCUUGUAGUGUCCGAUGACGAUGAAGUUGUGAAGAACGCUUGUGGAAAAUCUUUCGCACCGUUCCCCAAAGGUUUCUUCUUCACGACGUCCGGGGGUUUGCAGAGCUACGAGCAUCCCCUGAACGAGGUGAAGCCGGUGCCAAGGGUCGACAGCAAAGGGGAAGUAUGCGGCGCAACUUACGCGGUCGAUGAACAGGCCAAGAAAGAUACCGCCGGCAUUCCCCGUGUUGGCAGCGCUGCAGAUUGGUCUUCCCAGUACUGAAUCUGUAGAUACUGUUGCAAGCAUAUGGUAUAACCCUGGUGCAGUUACAUACAUGGUAAUAACCGGGCUCAGGCGUGGGCCUUUGCCUUGUGCUACGACGUUCACCUACAGAGUGACACUUGUGCUUGUGGUACAAGGUUACAUAGUACUACUAGUGUAUAAGAAAGGAUUAGCAUGAGGGACUGAAAAAUUGUAAUAUUUGUAUGCAAAUAAAAGGGCAUAAGCGUUGCAGAUGUGUCAAUAGAUGUUCUGUUCUCUGAUGAUAAAAUAUGUCACGUUAUCUAAUUCCCGUUUUCUGCUUCGAUGGACGUAUAUGUCCUUGAAGUAUGAAGUAUGGUUUUGAGAGACCCUCCUCAAUAAACGUAUAAAGAGCUUCCAAUAUCCUUUCAUAA